AGGCUGCUCCGCCGGUGCCCAGGGUGAUGCUGCUCCCCCAGACGCUCCGGGCACGCCUGGCUGGGGCGCCGGGGGCAGCCGAGCCACUGCCCGUGGAGCGGAACCCCGCGGCCCGAGCGUCGCCCUUCGGCUUCCUACCGCGUCUGGUACGUUUCCCGAGGGAACACGAGUUCUUCGAGGACGGGGACGUGCAGCGGCACCUGUACCUGCAGGAUGUGCUUACCCAGGUGGCCGAGGAACCGGAGAAGUCCAGGGUGCCCGAGUUCACCUGUCAGGUGGCAGGCUGCUGCCAAGUGUUUGCUGCUCUGGAAGACUACCAGCACCACUACCAUAUGAUGCACGGGAACGCCUGCUCACUGUGUAGCCGAGCCUUCCCCUCUGAGCACUUGCUAGAUGCCCACAUUCUGGAGUGGCACGAUUCACUCUUCCAGAUCCUGGCAGAAAGACAAGACAUGUACCGGUGCUUGGUUGAAGGCUGCCCUGAGAAAUUCAAGACCACCCAGGACCGGAAGGAUCACAUGGUGAGGCUCCAUCUCUACCCUGCAGAUUUCCGGUUUGAUAAGCCCAAGACCAACAGAGGCCCAGCCAUUCCAGGGACUGUUGCAGAUCUGUCCACCAGAACCCUGGCGGAUGAUGGGGAUGCUAUGGAAGUCUGCUCUGAACCCAUAACACUGCCCCCAGCACCAGUGGGUGAGAGACGGACCUACAGUCACAGAAUACCUUCCACCAUCUGUUUUGGCCAGGGUGCAUUGAGAGGGUUUAAAAGCACCAAGAAAAGAAACAAACACCACUGAUGGGAAGAAUGAACCAAGAAUCUGAGCAGACUCGGCCAGGAAAAAAAAAAAA